UUGAAUGAUCACAUAAAGGUGUGGCUGGAUGGUUAAUGAAUGAAGUACUGGAAUCCUGAAGAAUGGAAGAGAUUUAUGAAGAAGAGCCGGAUUGUCUGCCAUUUGUAUCAGUAUCUGUGAGAGAGCACGUCUCCUUGAUGCCAUCUUACAUGGGAGAUAUUGGGAAUGCCAUAUACCAACACUUGAACAAAAGACUUUUAAACUAUUCCUCAAAAUUAGGAGGAAUACUGGUAUCAUACUCCAGGCCAGCACUCCUCAAACACUAUGGACUAUUAAUGGCCGACCUUCCUCAGAUACACGUUGAUAUACAAUACAAUGCAACUGUACUUCAGACUCCAUUACACUCCACAAUACUAGCAACUGUUAAUAGAGUCGGUGAAGAUUUUGUCACUUGUACCUGGGCAAAAUGCAUGAAUAUAGUGAUACCCUAUACCGAGAUGGAGGGGUCUGUGAUGCUCAGUGAGGGGGACCCUGUAUUAGUGAAUAUUACAAGGGUUUCUAUUGAAAACGAUGAGUAUGUGCUAUUUGGAAGGCUAUUAUUGACUAAUGCAAUGCGGCAAUCGAAUAGUGAAGAAGGUAGAGGAUCAAAGGCUAACGAUGAUGAGAAGGAGGUUUUGUCAAAAGAGAAGAAGAAAAAGAGAAAGAGGAAGCAUUCUGAGCUAGCGACUGAAGCAGAAGAAGAUAUUGAAACAAGUAGAUUUAGUACAAUGGAAGAAAUACCUGGUAGUGAUGAUCAAGAUUCCCAAACUUGUCACAAGGUGUGUAAUAGUAUACUAUCGCCAAAGAAAAAGAAAAGAAAGAAAAAGGAUUCAUUAGAAGGACCUCCUUCAAUGGAACAUUCAUCAAAGAAAAAGAGAAGAACCAAACAUUAG